CGUCAGAUUUUACACAUAAAAGCCGGAGAGAAAGUCCACUGAUUUUAUAUCGAAGUAGCUAUACAACAAACCACAAAAGCUAGGCUAACAGCUGCGCACAAUCAGCGUAUUUCAGACCACGUGGACUGGUGAAUUUAACGUAUUUUUUAAUUGUCAUCGCCGUUAUCUUUCUAAGUUCUGCAAUGGCUCUAUCCAGGUUUGUGCCGUUGGGAUUUGAAGACGAUCUUUGGAGAAGCUUGUCCUCCGACUUGGAGCGUGUCAACCAACAAAUGCGGGGCAUAAACGACCGUUACAGCAGCCUUGUGCCAACCCAACCAUUGGACAUCGGCUGGAAUGAGGCUUUUAAAAUGGACAAUCCCAUUGUCACUGAUAAAGAUGGCAACAAGAAAUUCCACCUCGAAUUUGACCUGCGUCAGUUCAAACCUGAGGAAAUCCAACUGACGACUGCAAACAACAUGUUGAACGUGGAGGCGAAGCACGAAGAAAAAAGCGACGACAGAAUGUCGUAUCGGGAAUACCGACGUCAGUACACCAUCCCUGAAGGCGUCGACGUGAAAACACUCCAGUCAAAGCUGAACCAUAACGGCGUUCUGUCCAUUGAAGCCCCGGUGCAACAAAAACAAGACGUCAAGAUCCCGAUUGCUCACAAGUGGUUUGUGCCGUUGGGAUUUGAAGAUGAUCUUUGGAGAAGCUUGGCCUCUGACUUGGAGCGUGUCAACCAACAAAUGCGGGGCCUAAACGACCGUUACAGCAGCCUGGUGCCAACCCAACCACUGGACAUCGGCUGGAAUGAGGCUUUUAAAAUGGACAAUCCCAUUGUCACUGAUAAAGAUGGCAACAAGAAAUUCCACCUCGAAUUUGACCUGCGUCAGUUCAAACCUGAGGAAAUCCAACUGACGACUGCAAACAACAUGUUGAACGUGGAGGCGAAGCACGAAGAAAAAAGCGACGACAGAAUGUCGUAUCGGGAAUACCGACGUCAGUACACCAUCCCUGAAGGCGUCGACGUGAAAACACUCCAGUCAAAGCUGGGCCAUAACGGCGUUCUGUCCAUUGAAGCCCCGGUGCAACAAAAACAAGACGUCAAGAUCCCGAUUGCUCACAAGUGAAAUCUGUAAGCUCAACUGCUUCACAGGGGUGUUGACCACUGCCCUGGCGGACACAGAUGACCACUUGACCA